UUGCUUCGGAAGUCUAAAUUCAGAUUUCAUGAUCCUGAUCCAGCUGUGAUAACAUCACUGGAUAAAUCACUUCCUAUAUCUCAAAUAUCUACCAUACAGCAAAGACUUGAGCUCAUCCAAGCAGCAUUGCUCAAAUUGGAGGUUCGUCUAAUUGGGGAACAUUUUGCGAAAGCAAUAACUCAUUUGUGUGGAGAAGAGAAAUCUUUGGUUGCUGCAUUUUCCCUGCUCCAAAGAUAUUUUGACCAAAAUAACCGGAUCGUUAUCUCUAAAAUGAGAAACAGCCUUGUAUCAGAUGUAUUUAUCAGAGGACUAGAGUACCGCGCAAAAGAGAGGAACGUUGAGAACUUACAGAGGAUCGAAAAUGUUGAGCGGAGCGUUUUUGCCGCACUAUUAGCCAUGGCAGAAGUAUUAACAGAGAACACCCUUCGCUCAGUAGUGAAUGCCUUAGUUACCUGGGCGGAACUAGGUCUGAAGCCAUAUGCUACUCGAGAGGAGCGUGGCCGUCUCGUGAUUGUCUUCAUGUUUGCAAAUAGCUUUUAUGAAUCGUUUAACUCACUCGCAUUGCCAUACUUUGGACAGCUUAUAGAAAUGUCAGUCAAGGUGCUGCAUUUUAGUAACGCCACUGUUACUCCUGGUGUGUUCUGUUUAGAUUUCUUUGCCUAUCGUUCUCUACUUCUGCUGUUCGGUAAGAAAGAUACAAUGGAUGGAAAAGAAGCUGACUCUUUAAUAACACAGGUUAUUGACUUUGUCGGUAACUGUGCUCGACAUCCAGAAUUCUUCACAGAGGAUCGUGCAACAUCGCUUAUUGGACCUCUGACGGAUGAAAUAGUCAACAGUAAAUUAGCAGGUCAUGAAAAACGAUGCGUUCCUCAUUUGGCGGACACGCUGUAUCGGGUAUCUGAUACUCAUCCAAAUGUCUUCCAAAUCGUUUUGGAUAAGAUACUGCUCAAAACUAGAAAUGGAAGAGCCAAGAUUCGUUAUCGUGCCCUGCUUGUUGUGGAAGCAAUCUUCGAUAAGGCUGGCGAUGGAAUUGCGCCUCAUUUGCCCAUGGUGAUGCCGUUCCUGAGUGAACUUCUCGAAGGUGAAUUUGAGAAAUUCCUAACUUUCUAUCAUCAACUAUGCAAAAACUUAUUUGGUAACUUUUUGAUCGAACAAUAUUUCUGA